CCCCCCACCCCGAAUUUGGGCGGCAUCACACCUCUCGAGUUCUCGCGCCCAGAUUCCCCAAUUUUCCCUCCUCCAAAGCUCUCCUGAAGCGCGGCAGCAGCGACCAUGGACGCCAGCGGAGCCACCGGGAAGGUGAAGAAGGGGGCGGCCGGGCGCAAGGCGGGUGGCCCCAGGAAGAAGUCGGUGUCGCGGUCUGCGAGGGCCGGGCUCCAGUUCCCCGUCGGUCGCAUCGGGCGCUACCUCAAGAAGGGCCGGUACGCGCAGCGCGUCGGCACCGGCGCCCCCGUGUACCUCGCGGCCGUCCUCGAGUACCUCGCCGCCGAGGUGCUGGAGCUGGCCGGGAACGCGGCGAGGGACAACAAGAAGACGCGCAUCAUCCCGCGGCACGUGCUCCUGGCGAUCCGCAAUGACGAGGAGCUCGGGAAGCUGCUGGCCGGCGUCACCAUCGCCCACGGCGGCGUCCUCCCCAACAUCAACCCGGUGCUGCUGCCCAAGAAGGUGGCGGAGAAGGCGGCCAGCGGCGCCGCCAAGGAGGCCAAGUCGCCCAAGAAGGGCACCAAGUCGCCCAAGAAAGCUUAGGCAGUAGAGACUCCAUUAGCACUGUGCUGUAACAUGUUCGUGUUUAGAUUUGUGGAUGGGAUGUGUUCUGGUCUAGUUUCGUCGUGGCUUGUGAUCUGUUCAUCACUGAAAGAUUUUCAGAAAUCAGAGCUCGUUGGUAUGUUCUGUUU